AUGAUCUCGAGGCCCACCACGCCGAUUCUCCAUCAGCCCGGAUCGUCGAGUCUGGCGACGCCUAGGAGCAGCACAGAGCAGCAUCGCUCGGGACGGCAAGGCAUCACCAUCGAAGAGCCGGUGCGGCCCCGUGGUGCGAGCCACAGCUCGCUCGCCUCGGCUGCCGGCUCCGGAUCCAACUCACCAUCCCGAUCGGGUAUCGUCGGCGAUGGCACCUAUGGUGGCCGCCGAGGCGGACCGUCGAUGCACAAGAGCCGCACCAGCAGUUCGGGCGGUCUGAGCGACGUCAAGGCAGGCUACGAGCGCAGGGUCGGCUUCGACACCAUGCCCGACGCCGACGAGACCAACAGCGGCGCAUUCAGCUUCACCCUGCAGGUCAAGUCGAGGGGCUUUCUGCGAACCAAGAACACGCGCACCUUCAUGGUCGCUGUGGACGACAAUGCACACUCGGAGCGCGCGCUCGAGUGGCUCAUGGAGAACCUCGUCGAGGACGGCGACGAGGUGGUGGCCGUACGCAUCCUCGAUGGCGAGGCGGACCAAAUCGACCAGGAAGAGGCGCGCGAAGAGGCACGCGAGCUCAUGGCAUCCAUCGUCGAGCUCAACGAGGAGGCCGAGGAUCGCAAGAUCUCGAUUGUCGUCGAGUUCGUCGCAGGCAAGGUGGUAUCGACCAUCCUGCGCAUCAUUCACGUCUACCGCCCGGACAGCUUAACCGUAGGAACACGCGGCAAGUCGGCCAACAAGUUUCAAAAAAUGCUUGGCCAGCACAUCAUGGGCCACGUCAGCCGCGACAUUCUCACCUCGAGCCCCGUGCCGGUGGUGGUGGUGAGGCCCGAGGCCAAGGUGCAGAAGCACCUCAAGAAACGCCUCAACGAUCCCAAACGCCGCGGCUACCACAACCUGGUCAAGGGUGUCGAAGGCCUCCCAAUGAGCAUCACCAAGAACAAGCGCCGCUCGCUCCAGAGCACGUGGGAUAGAUCUCCUCACCUCUUCCUUGCAACUGGGCUGGCGAGUCGCAGCGAAGGGCUUGUGGUGUGUCUUCGGGCCAACGGAAAGAAGACUGCAACGGGUCUUCCGCUGAAGCUUCGUGCGGAGCCAGUUGCUACAGUCUGGUGUCGUCCGACCACCAUCACCUUUUCCCCCUCUGCCUUUCAUCUUCCGACCGUCAUCGCAAUGCCGUCGCUUCGGGGCCACUGUCACUGCGGCGCGCUCGAGUAUCAGCUCAAUGCUGAUCCAGCGCACCUGCGUCUCUCGGCGUUCUGCCACUGCACGCGAUGCCAGCGAAUCAACGGCGCUCCAUACGUGUGGACGACGCACUGGGCCAAGGACGCCGUCACCUGGUCGUCGCAAGGCAAGCCAUCGUCUGCUCCGGAUGCUGCUGUGCAGCAGGUGCUCGGCGAGGGCGUCACCACGGCCAAGCUGUACGAAUCGGUGCCCGGGCGCAAAUUCAAGCUGCGCUGCUCCGAGUGCGGCAACCCUAUGGGAUCGUGGAACGACGCCAAGCAGCAGUGGUCCAUCUGGCCCAGCACUCUGGAGCGACCCAACGGCGAUUCGGACCAAUUGCCCGGUACAGAGACCUUCCCUGCGACCGCGCACAUCUUCUACGGCAAAUGGAAGGUCGCCAAGAUCGUCGACGACUUGCCCAAGUUCCUCGGCUAUCCGAACGAGUCGCAACAGGUGGACAGGGACGCAGAACCGCUGCCGGCCAACUUUGGCGUGGGCGACUUCGAUCCGCAUGUUCCACGUGACAUGGUCGGGUAUGGCGAAAAGCCUCCUCACCCGCAGUGGCCCAACAAUGCUCGCAUCGCCGUGUCGUUCGUGCUCAACUACGAGGAGGGCGGUGAGAACCUGACGCUCAACGGCGACCAGUUCGCGGAGCUCUACCUCACCGAAUACGGUGCAGCCAACGGCUCCAAGCCGCCAGCCAACGUGCGCAAUCUGAGUGUCGAGUCGGCGUACGAGUUUGGCUCGCACCGUGGAUUCUGGCGUGUGCUGGAUCUGUUCCGCCGCAACGGCCUCACCUUUACCAGCUGGUCGGUCGGCCGUGCUGUCGAGCAGAAUCCCCAGGUAGUCAAGGCGAUGGAAGACGCCGGCUGCGAAGUGGCGAGCCACUCGUACCGUUGGUUCGACCACUCGCUCAUGUCGCAGGAAGAAGAGCGUGCGCAGAUCCAGGCGGCGAUUCGCGCCAUCAAGUCGGCCUCGCCCAACUCGCGCGAGCCCAGGGGAUGGUACACCGGUCGCCAGUCGAUCAACACGCGCCGCCUCGUGUACCAGACGUACAAGGAGCUCGGCCUGCACAAGGAGCUCUACGACUCGGACGCGUACGAUGAGGACCUCCCCUACUGGGUCCCCGCUCCCGAUGGCACGCCUGGUGAGCACUUGCUCGUGGUGCCGUACACGCUCGAUAACAACGACAUGCGCUUCGCCAUCACACCCGGCUUUUUCAACUCCGAGUCCUUUGCCACCUACCUCAUCGACGCCUUCGAGACGCUCGUCGCUGAAACCUUCUUGCCGCAAGACAACCCUCUCUCCGUUCCCAAGAUGAUGAGCGUGGGCCUGCACUGCCGCGUCGUGGGCAGACCAGGCAGAUUCCAGGGCCUGCAACGCUUCAUCGACCACGUUCAGCGCCGCAAUGCCGAACUCACGCAGCAAGGCAACGGUCAAGGCGGCGUCUGGGUUGCCACUCGCCAGCAGAUCGCCGACCACUGGCGCACCCACCACCCCCCGCCCUCUGUAUGA